AGGCCAGAAAGUUCGCUGCGUCAGUGGGUGUGAUCUUUCAGGAGGAAGCAUCAGCGAACAAUAUAACAAAGUUUUAAGAAUGGCAGACAAGACUGUGGAUCGUGGGCCUUGGACAGGAUGUGCAGUUAUGUUUCUGCAGUCGCUCUCUCCUGGUGUGGACCUCCUCUCUCUCUACAAAGACCAGCAGGGAAAGUUCAUUGUUUUCAAAGUCAUCAAACUGACACUUAUAGACUCUGCAGGGGGUCUGGGUGGUUAUGAGAUACUGAAGGUCCAUGACGCUGAUCCCUUCCUGGGGGUGGAGGUGAAGUUUGUGGAUGUGACGGUGUGUCAGCAGUUCCUGGAGAGCUACAGCUCUGGAGCAGUUCGUCAGUCUCUCUGCCAGCACGCGUCCCGGCUUCUCGCUCUGCCCCAGGAGUUCACAGUGGAAACCCAGCUCAAGGCCAGCACACAUAUCCUGGAUCUCCACCUGGACAAGCUGGAGCUUUGCCUACAGCACAUUCACCUGUCGCAGCCGGAGCGUCUGCGCGAUGAAGAGAUCGACGAUCUGGAGCAGCAGUUGCAGAGUCAGGCCCGAGGUUCUGCCCCACAGCCCACAGUCAUCACACAGGAAGAGCCUCCUAUCCCCAGCAACUGCUUCAAGUUUCAGAAUAAAGUGUUUGAGGACCGAAUGCUGACAGCGGCAGAUGUUCAGAGCUUUUCUAACGGAGUGGGCCGUCAGUGGAAACACGUAGGGAGGGCCUUGGGGAAGAGCUGCCGGGCUCUGAAGGGUCCCGCCAUAGACAACCUGGCCUACGAGUAUGAGAGAGAAGGGCUGUAUGAGCAAGCCUAUCAACUGCUCAGCCGCUUCAUCCAGGCAGAGGGGAGAGCGGCCAAGCUGAGCCGGCUGGUCAAAGCACUGGAGGACUGCAAACUCACCAGCCUGGCUGAAAAUAUUCUGGACAUUCAGCCGUGAGAGUAACUCAGCCGUGCUUCUGUCUCUGCGUGUACGAGUCGUGAAAACUGAGGGGGACAGGUCCUCCCUGCAUGAGGAGUGGUUGACUUUGUCCCACCUGCUUUAAUAUACAGUAUGUUUGUCCUUGAUUGAUGUCUAUCAUCCUCACGUUCAAAAUCAUUCCUGAGUGUUAGUGUGUGUGUGUGUGUGUGAGUGUGUGCGUGCAUGCAUGCAUGUGUGUGUGUGUGUUUCAGACAUGCUAACAUCUCUUGAGUGUUUCAUAUCAUGAUUUGCUUUUCAUUUAUUAGUGUUAUUGAUUAUUGUUUUCAUUUAGAUGAAAUCUGUCAUCACUGUUUAAAAAAAUGCUGUCCUGAUUUUGAUGCACUGUUUUAAACUGUUCCCAUCACGUACCUCUUUUUAUUUCUGCUCUAUAACUCAAUUUAUGAAGCCUUUUGGGUUUUGUUACUAAUGAGUGAACAACUGAAGGUUAUAGAUUUUUUUUUUUCUACAAAAUGGGUGCAUUCAGAUUAAAUGGUUGUUAAAAAAAAAAAA